AUGGAGAAAUCGAAAAACUUCAGAAUCGACGCCUUGCUCGCCGAUGAGACAAACCGGGGCAGCCGAGACCUCUCCCCCGGUCUGAGCAGUGACAGCCCCGCGGGCAGCCCGGUCUCCUGCCGCCGUGCGGACACUCCAUCUCCGCGGGCCUCACAACUUCAGACCGGAAUAAUCCCCAAGCCGAGUAUUCUAAAUCUCCAGCACCAAGGACUCGCUUCACUGCACCAUGGGGCAAUUCCCGCCAUGUAUCCUGCACCCAUGUACCCAUUAUCAGCUUUGGGUGGCCAGCACCCCGCGUUCGCGUACACCGGUUUCACGCAGCUGACACAGACGUACCCAGAGCACCUGAAGGCGGCUGCCAUGGCAGGAUCUCUGCCUCUGGAGCACUGGAUCCGCGCUGGGAUCAUGAUGCCACGACUGCCAGAUUACAGCUGUAAGUAUGAUCUAAUAAAAUCAUCAGGCCCUCAGUCAGGUCUGUUAGGGAAGUGCAGGAGGCCCCGGACCGCCUUCACCAGUCAGCAGCUCCUGGAGCUGGAGAACCAGUUCAAACUCAACAAGUACCUGUCCAGACCCAAACGCUUUGAAGUGGCCACCUCACUCAUGCUGACUGAAACACAGGUCAAAAUCUGGUUCCAAAAUCGGAGGAUGAAGUGGAAGCGCAGUCGAAAGGCGAAGGAGCAGGCUACUGCCUCGGCCCAGUCCGAGACUGAGCGACUACGCAGCGGAGGGAAAACAGCCACCAACAAAUCCGAUGAGAGCAGACGACCCAGGAAUCCAGACGACAGAGAGAUAGAUCUGGAUUUGGAGGAUGGUGAAGAGGAAGAAGAGGAGGACGAGGAGGAGGUGGAAGAGGAGGAAGCCCAGCAUGGUUUUUCUGUUGCUAUGGGUAACGGCGUUGGGAUGCCACGAUCCACAGACUUCUUGCAGCGUGGCACCGACGUUGGCUACAAUCCCCACAGCCCUUUCUCCGAUGAUGAGCUGGAGGGGGUGCAAGUAGGAGGAGGUGACAGGAAGAUCGGGGCUGGACUGUGAAAAGACCUUUACAC